UCUUGAUCACUCUCUUUUUUUUUUCUCUUGGCUAAGGAGGUCCCCCUCCAAUCCGUUUUCCACUCUACCUAUCAACCAACAAACAAACACAAUAUUCCCAUUUCUCAUAUUCAUAUUUUAAGCAAACCCCACAACCAUCAUCAUCAUCAUUUACCAUUCCCACCCCAUGAAGCCUUCUCUCUGUCCCUCAAAACCAUCAUUCACCUAUAUAGCUUUCUCCUAGAUCUCCAUCACAACCCACUUCAUAAGGCCCUCAAGCCUUUCACACAUCCCUCACACCCCUUUAUCACCCCUUUCUGCCAAAUGAGGAAACCUGAUAUGAUGCCAAAAGACAAACUCAACACCACUACCACCACCAUUAACACCACCACCAACAACAACAACAUUAAGACCAAGCUAAGAAAAGGGUUGUGGUCACCUGAGGAAGAUGAGAAACUGAUAAGGUACAUGAUCACUAAGGGACAAGGAUGUUGGAGUGACAUUGCAAGGAAUGCUGGUCUUCAAAGGUGCGGCAAAAGUUGUCGUCUUCGUUGGAUCAACUACCUCAGACCUGAUCUCAAACGUGGUGCAUUCUCACCCCAAGAGGAAGAACUCAUCAUUCAUUUGCACUCCCUUCUUGGAAACAGAUGGUCUCAGAUUGCUGCACGUCUUCCUGGUCGCACAGACAAUGAGAUAAAGAAUUUCUGGAACUCCACACUGAAGAAAAGGUUGAAAGUGAUCAGCAGCAGCAACAUCAACAACACUUCAUCACCAAACAACAGUGACUCAUCAGACCCUAGAGAUGUCAUGGGGGGGAUAGUGCCAAUGAAUGAUCAGCAUGACCUCAUGACCAUGUGCAUGGACUCCUCCUCAUCAACAUCAUCAUCAUCCAUGCAAUCCAUGCAAGCCAACAUGGCACUAACUGACCAAUUUGACCCCUUUCCUUUGUUGUCCAACCGCUAUGACAUGACCACCGGUGCAGCCGGUUUCCUUGACAACAUGGCUGCAUGCUUAACACAAGUUGGUAUGGCAGAUCAUGAUGAUGGGGUUGUUCAUGGAGGUUAUGGGGCAUUGGAACCUAAUAAAAUGGGGAUAGAAAGCGACUUUUCCCUUCCUCCACUAGAAAGUAGAAGCAUUGAGGACAAUUCUAGUAACCCAAUUGAUGUGAAAAGCCAUAACAACAACCACUUGAAGAACAGUUGCUUCAGUAACACUGAUCAUCACCAUCACCAUCAUCAUCAUCAUAAUUUUCAAACCUCCAACAACGUAGUUGUAGAGGAUUUGUUUGGUUUUGGAAAUCAUGGGCAAGGGGAAAACUUUAGAAUGGGAGAAUGGGACUUUGAGGGUUUGAUGCAAGACAUGUCCUAUUUCCCUUCCCUUGAUUUCCAAGUUUAAGAAAGUCAUUAGAUCCACCUCACAACACAUAAAACAAAAAUCGGCUUAACAUUAAAUCUUGUUAACGCCAUUCCAAACACACAUUAAAUCUUAAUCCUUUUUUUUUUCUUCAGAGUUUCCUUAUUUCUUCCUUCCAAUUCUGUAAACAACUCUAUUAAGGAUACUGGUUAAAGAAAACCACAAAAAUAAAACUUUUUUUCCUUUAAAAA